GUCAAUUUUAUGUCAAUUUUGCCUUUGUGUCAAUUUCUAGACGCUUGCAGAGAAAUUCAAGCAAAUUUUCUCAUGAAAGUACUAUCGUUUAGUGUUUAAUUUGUUAUCAAACUAACGAUGUGGCAGUAAAAUAUAAGCAGCGACGUAUAAAUAUAAUGAAUUUAGCCUCACAUGACGCCUACGUGUAUUUUAUGUGAACAGUCACCAAUCUGUAGAACUAAUGAUUAACAUGAGUGCACAGCAGAGUCCGGCGAACACGCAAACCGCCGUCGACAGAGAGAGGAUCUACUCAUGGAUACUGGAACUGUGCAACCCGGAGACGCGGGAGAAUGCUCUCUUGGAGCUGAGCAAGAAGAGGGAGGUGGUCCCGGACUUAGCGCCGAUGCUGUGGCACAGUUUCGGAACAAUUGCGGCUUUGUUGCAAGAGAUUACUAAUAUAUACGUAGCCAUGAUACCUCCCACUCUCACCGCGCACCAAAGCAACCGUGUAUGCAAUGCCCUAGCCCUAAUGCAGUGUGUGGCCUCGCACCCGGAGACACGAUCGGCUUUCCUACAAGCUCACGUUCCUCUGUUUCUGUAUCCCUUCCUGCAUACGGUUUCAAAAACCCGUCCUUUCGAGUAUUUACGCCUCACAAGCCUUGGAGUCAUUGGUGCACUGGUAAAAACAGAUGAGCAAGAAGUCAUAACAUUUUUGUUGACAACUGAGAUUAUACCACUCUGUCUUCGUAUAAUGGAAAACGGAUCUGAGCUCUCCAAAACUGUGGCUACAUUCAUCCUCCAAAAGAUUUUGCUAGAUGACAGUGGCUUGUGUUAUAUUUGCCAGACAUAUGACCGAUUUUCCCAUGUUGCCAUGAUUUUGGGUAAAAUGGUGCUGUCCCUCGCAAAGGAUCCAUCUGCUCGGCUCUUGAAACAUGUUGUCAGAUGCUAUUUGCGUUUGUCGGAUAACCCCAGGGCCAGAGAAGCACUGCGGCAAUGUCUCCCGGACCAGUUGCGUGAUGCAACAUUCACUUCCUGCCUGCAAGAGGACAAUUCCACUAAGCACUGGUUGGCCCAACUCAUCAAGAACUUGGAAGCCCAGCCCCCACCAGCUAGUCCAGCACAGAAUAACAUGUACAAUCGCUGAGAAGUGCUAAAUUUGUAUGCAGUUGUAGUCGACUGAACUAGGAAUAAACUUUUUUUCAUGGUUUUAAAA